AUGCCACCCAAAGGCAACGGAGUUUCGGGCCCGGUUGUACAAAACGUCCCUCCGGCGGACAUGAGCGACCAGAUCGAGAGAAUGUGUCGUCUACUGGAAGCAAGCCAGCAGCGGUCCGACGAGGCAAUCAAGACAUUAACCGAAGCCCAAGCCAGGCUCGAAGCAGAGAUUGCUGAGCUCCGCAGGUCUACUGACACAACUCGCAACACCCAAGCCCACGAGAAUCUUGAUUCCGACAGAUCUGACGUUCUAGUCGACCGUGUCAGUUCCCCACCUCACAACAUGAACCCAGGUAACGGGCAAUCCCAAGCCAUCCCCCCAUCCUCUGGGACCGACGGGCGACAAGCCCCAACCUCUGGCGCGCAUGGGCGGGCCGAAGCAGAACCCACUGGACCCGCUCAGCCAACAACCGACGUCCGGCCUCAACGCACCAUACCUCAAGUCGCACACGAUUCUCCCUCAGAAGGUUAUGUUCCCUCGAUCUGUUUCUUGGACAGUUGGAAACAAGACAAGAUGAGGGAAAUGAUGCAGAAGUUCUCAGAUGGGCGAUCCGCCUACGCCACCGAACAUUUGGAUCUUGUAUCAAGAACCACUGAAAAAUCGCCUUUCUCGGAAUGGAUUCUGAAUGAGCCAAAACCUCGGGACUUCGUCAUCCCUUCCCUGCCUGCAUUCAACGGAAAGGGAGACCCAUUAAACCACCUAUUUCAAUUUCAACAGAAGAUGGCGUUAGAAGCUAAUAACGAAGCCAUACAAUGCAAAGUCUUUUCCACAACUUUCUCCGGGCCAGCUCUACUAUGGUUCCGACAAUUAAAGGCCGGAUCACUCAACAGCUUUAGUGAUCUCCGACGAUCCUUCUUACAGCAAUACAGCGCGAACCGAGAGGCUCCCAGAACAAUGGCCGAUCUCUAUCGAAUUGAACAAGGGGAGAAUGAAUAUCCAAAGGCAUACUUACAGCGUUUCAUUGACCUCGUGCACCAAAUCCACGACGUCGACCCACUCACUGCAGCAAAUCUCUUCGUCAAAAGCUUGCAGGUGGGGUCACUCUUGCAUGAGAAUCUCACUAUGACACCACCAUAUGACAUGGCAGACGUGCAGACCCGAGCCGAAGGCGUCUUCAGGGUAUUAGAAUUUCGAGAGCGCACACAGAAGAAGACUGCACUCAUCUCUGCUCCCCCAGCGAAUAAUCCUCCAUCACUUGUCCGGGAUGACAAGAGGAAGCGGAACCAAACAGAUCAUACGAAGGAAGGCAAAAGGCCUAGACAAGAUCGUCAGCCAUCGCGGUACCCAUCCUUCGAAUACACCGUCCCGCAAGAAGUCAUUUAUGAAGAGAAUAAAGAUAGGCCUAUCUGGCGAGAGCCCUACAAAAUUAACACUCCAUCUGACAGAAGGGAUAAAAGCAAAUACUGUCUCUUCCACAAAGAUCACGGUCAUACGAUCGCUGAAUGCCACAAUCUGAACAAUCAGAUCCAAGCCCUCAUGAGGAGUGGGCGGCUUACCCAAUACAUCAAGGAGACAGACAGACCAGGCGCCUCGCGGCAGAACACAGCUUCUGCCCCCACUCCGCAGGCGUCAGACCCCGUACACACAGCCUCUGACAGCACCCUGGAGCCUCUUAAACAAGUCCCUAUGAUCCACGGGAUCGUAGAAUCCACCGAUAAUCAAGACCAUGCAAUUAAAAUCCAUAAAAGGAUGGAAGAACGAGUGAAGCGGUAG